AACAGAACCUUAUAUCCUUCCACAGGUUGCCUUGCAUGAUUCUAGAGUAUUGUGUUUUGUUUUCUACACAUGCAUAUGACACACAUACACACACACAAGAUAAGAUAUAUAUAGAAAGAGAGAGGAGACAAGACAGAUAUUCAAGUUACAUUGGUACUGUUUCCUUUUCUUCUUGGCAGUAUAGCUCAUUGGUUUUAGUUUAAAAGAUUUAGACGCUCUUUAGGUGUUCAUCUUAAAAACCAUGGAAUCAAGUAGAGCUCUCACAACCGUUUGCAUUCUCCUCUGUCUCUUUUUCUCGGCCAGCUUCUUCACUCAUUCUGUAGAUGCAAGAAAGCUUGAGAGACACGCAAAGAAGAAGCCAAAGAAGUUGGUUAUCAAAGCAUUCAAGCACACAACAUUUUUAGAGAAAAUGAUGACACAACUCAAUCUAGCUCAACCUUUGGAAUAUUCAACAACAUCCUCCAACACUCAACCUUAUGGUGUUAGCACAACUCUCACUCUACCUCCCUAUGCUUCACUUCCCCCACUUCCAGUUCCCGGAAAUGCCCCUCCUUUUUGUGUUAAUCCCCCAAAUACUCCUCUAAACUCGCCUCCCUCCAUAUCCAAUCCUGGACUUAGCCCACCUCCCGGCCCAAUCACUGUACCUAACCCACCUGAAUCAUCUUCGAACCCAAACUCAAACCCAAACCCGCCCGAUUCCACUUCAAACCCAAACUCAAACCCAAACCCACCCGAAUCAUCUUCUAACCCGAACAACCCGGGUUCCUCAUCCAACCCAAAUCCACCUGUUACUGUCCCUAGUCCACCAGAAUCAUCCUCUAACCCAAACCCACCAGAAUCAUCAUCAAACCCAAACCCACCCAUAACCGUUCCAAAUCCACCUGAAUCAUCCAGUCCAAACCCGCCAGAAACAGUUCCUAGUCCUCCUGAAUCCGGUCAUACACCAGGCCCAUCAGGACCCAUUUCAGGUCCACCUUACAAUGAACCAAGCCCAUCAACCCCAACCGACACUCCUACACCGUCCGGUAAUAUCCCAUCCCCAACCGGAACAGUUCCAACGCCGUCAUCGGGGUUCUUACCUCCAAUUGUCUAUCCACCGCCUAUGGUACCACCGCCGUCUAGCAUGACUCCGACCUCGGCUUACUGGUGCGUGGCUAAGCCCACAGUACCUGACCCAAUUAUCCAAGAAGCCAUGAAUUUCGCAUGUGGAUCAGGAGCUGAUUGCCAUUCAAUUCAACCCAAUGGUCCUUGCUUCAAGCCCAAUACAUUGUGGGCACAUGCUUCAUUCGCCUUCAAUAGCUAUUGGCAGCGGACCAAAAGCUCUGGUGGCUCGUGUACAUUUGGUGGCACCGGCAUGCUUGUUACUGUCGAUCCAAGCUAUAAUGGGUGCCAUUUUGAUUUCUUCUGAUGCAUGAAGACUGAAGACGUCUCUCACUUUUUAUUUUUCAUCUUUUUGUGGAUACGAAUAAUAUCAAAUGUGUUUUUGAUAUAUAAUAUGUUAGGUGGGUCUCUCACUUGUAAGUUGUAUGUAACUUUUAAAGGCUUUAUAAAUACACUAAUU